CCCUGAGCAUAGUGGCACUUGCUCAAAGAAGCGUGGCAGCAGGUGAUGCAGGUGCUCGGGGGGUACUCUUUUGUGCCUGGACCAUGCAAAUGAGUGAAGCAGCGCCCCGAGGUCUAAUGGGGGCGGUGGGGCCGCCACCAUGAGUGAGUCGCUGGUGGAGGAAUUAGUGGCCAACACGGCCUACCUCAGGGCUCAGCAGGUUGACCAGAAUGCGUUGAGAAAGGAGAGGCGCUCCCUAAGCCUUCCCCGGCCAAAAAGCUGCUCAGCUCUACGGCAGGCCAUGGGGACGCAGUACGAGUCCCUGUGUGAGCAGCAGCCCAUUGGCAAGAAGUUAUUCCGGCAGUUCCUCCUCAACUCUGAGCCCCAGUACUCUGCUGCCUUUGAGUUGCUGGAAGAGCUGGGAGGAUUGAGAUUUGCUGAAGAGGACACAAGAGCAACAGCCGGGAAGAACCUCAUCGCUAAGUUCUGUCAACCGGAGUCCAGGAGUUUUCUGUCUUUCCUCACAGUAGAGACUGCAGAAACGUGCAAGCACUUACCAGUCAAGACCUUGGAUGAGACCAUGGUGGGCAAGAUGAGAGAAGCCACAAGAGACUUCCUGAGGGGAAAACCUUUCUGCCAGUACCUGAGAAGCCCAUUCUUUUACAGGUUUCUGCAGUGGAAGGAGUUUGAGAGGCAGAAGAUUAGUGACAAAGACUUUUAUCAGUUUCGGACAUUGGGUAAAGGUGGCUUUGGUGAGGUGUGUGCAGUGCAGGUGAAAACGUCAGGACAGAUGUACGCCUGCAAGAAGCUGAAUAAGAGAUGUUUGAAGAAGAAAGGUGGCGAGAGGUUGGCCCUGCAGGAGAAGAGGAUCCUGGAGAAGGUUAACAGUCUUUUCAUUGUGAACCUGGCCUAUGCCUACGACAACGACACCCACUUGUGCCUGGUCAUGGACCUGAUGACUGGAGGAGACCUCAGGUUCCACAUCUACGAGCUCGGAGAUAGGGGUAUCCGUAUGGACCGUGUGGUUUACUACGCAGCUCAGAUGACCAUGGGCAUCCUCCACCUGCACUCUAUGAGCAUUGUGUAUCGGGACCUGAAGCCAGAAAACGUGCUACUCGAUGGUCACGGCCAGUGUCGACUCUCUGACCUCGGAUUGGCUGUCGAGCUGCCAAAGGCGAACACCAUAUGCCAAACGGCUGGGACGACCGGUUACAUGGCUCCUGAGAUCCUGAGGCAGCAGUACUACAGCACAUCUGUGGAUUGGUGGGCGCUGGGCUGCAGCAUCUAUGAGAUGGUGGCUGCUCGCCUGCCGUUUCGAGACUUCCGUGAAAAGGUGCAGAAGAGCGAGGUGACCCGCCGCACCUUGGAAGAUGAGUGCAAGUUUGAACCUAAGAAAUUUGACUCCACAACCGCAAACCUCAUACGUGGCUUCCUUAAGAAGAAGCCGGAACAUCGCCUCGGGUGCCGCGGCGAUGACCCACGAGAGCACCCCUUUUUCAAUAGCAUUAACUUCCAUCGCCUGGAAGCGGGGCUGCUGGAGCCCCCCUGGGUGCCAAAACCCAACGUGGUGUACACCAAAGACGCUGACAACUUCAAGGACACGUCGGAAGUCCUGGACAUUGAACUCGAUGCCAAGGAUGAGAAAUUCUUCAAGGAGUUCAGCACUGGCGCAGUAUCCAUCACGUGGCAGAAGGAGAUUAUUGACAGCGGCCUAUUUGAUGAACUCAACAGGCCAGAGCUGAAGGAUCAUGUGAUGGCAUGGAAAUCAAACACGUGCGUCAUUUUACCCAGGUGAUCUCUAGUUGGGCGGAGCUACAGAACAGGCACAGCUGUGCCUCAUUGUCGGUCACUCCUUUUUUAAGCUCACCUGUGGCGACUGGAUGGCACUCGGUGAUUCCUCGUGGCAGAACCUCCAAGCCAAGAUCCGUG